AUGUUUGACGCCCGCUCAUCUGCUGACACCAAGGAGGAGGUCAGCGCUUCCACAAUUGAGGUGACUUUUUCUUCGUCUUCGUCUCCUUCCCCUCUACCAUCACCAUCACCACCACCACUACCACUGUCACUGCCACCUUUGCCAAACCACCUGCAGAUCCUCGCCCCCGUGCCGAAGGAUGACACCGAGUUAGAAGGACAGCUGGAAGCUUGGCGAAACAGUGGUGACGCAGCGAGAAAGUGGCUUGUCUACUCGCUCACUCCUGCUACAGCCAUCAUCAUUCUGCCCCCACCACUAUCACUUUCACAACGACCGCCACCUCCAGCACCCUCAACAUCGCCAUUGCCAACGCCAUCUGGUCGAAGUGAAGGUGGGAGUGGCGGGAGCAUGGUGCGUCGAGGAGAGAUUCUCGCCUGUCUGGAGUGGUUGGAGGCUGUCGGCGUUGUCAGUGUUGUUGCAGUUAUCGACAGAACAUUUGGUGAUCUCGUCAAGUCCCUCAUGUUCCUCGGCUUUAGUACACUAUCUGCCACAACAAACUGCUGCUUGAAGACUAUUGCUCACCUCACCACAGACUUUGUCCUUCUCAAAGCUGACCUUGUCGACCGUUGA